UGACUGGGGUGUCAGCCUGAAACCUGAGAACCUGAAAAAGACGAAGGAGAGUGACGUGUAAUCCUUUGUAAACAAAAACAGGAACGUUAUCUUUGUAGACAUGUUUCUAUUUUGAUAGAAUCGCAUGCGGACGUUAGCAUUUUGUGGAAGCUACGAGUCGAUUUGCGCUACGUAUGCCCUAUUGUAGAGAAAUUAGUGUUUUGUUUUGUUUUUUACUGAGGUGGUUUUUGGGAUCAGUUGGUCAACAGGUGCUGCUGAGUGUGUGUUCUCACUCGCGAGAUAAUCGUAAUUGCAGCCACGUCUGUAACAUAGGAAUAUUCAAACCACUGAUACUGAUUCAAACCCUUUUAGAGGUCAGUGCGUACAGUGCCUUUCGCAAAGUAGCCUAUUGGCUAUGGUGCAUUUGAGGAAUGGGAACAUUUAUGAAAGUCCACAGCAUUGAAGUGGAGGUGACUGCCAUUUAUCUUUUAACCAACAAAUGCCACAUGUCAAUAUAAACUGUUCUGUGGUAAAAAAAUAAAUAAAUAAAUACAUUGAAGACUAGUAGCUAAACUGUAAAAAGUGUAACCACUUGUCUGUAGUCGACAGAUAAUAAUUAGUGGUAAAAUUAUGUUCCAUAUGGUUCCCAAUUGACUCUGCCCUUGACCACAACAAUAGCAAUAUGGAGUAGUGCAUUACCAUACAUGAGCAUAAUAAGACCUAAACAUUAAUGCAUGUAUUUGGAUUCUGGGAUUUUUUUCCCAACUGGUUCUGUGCCUUGGGUGGUUACAUGCACAAGACUCUUAUUUUUAUUUUAAGAAGACACAAGCAUUGAAGCAAAAAUGUCUGCAAGUUCUUUAAAAGUUACCAUUAAAUCAACAAAGUUAUCACCACCAAUGCUGUUGGUGUUGGGCAUUGCUGCAUUGAGUACUGCCAUGCCCGAUCCCAGUUACAGGGAGUCCUUGAUCAGGAAGGAGAGAUCCCAACAAACAGGUGGUAGGAUGGUCCUGUCCGAGGCUGAACUGCAGUUCAACGCUCUGUUGGAUAAACUGAAGCAACAGGAGAUGGAGAGUGAAGAUUUUCCACCUGCCAUGCAUUUCUUUCAGGCCAAAGACCUUAUCGAGCAAAGCCAACUGUUCAGUUUAUUGCAGAAGAUGCCUAAAGGUGGAGCACUGCAUGUCCAUGACUUUGCCAUGGUGGAUGUGGACUGGCUGGUGAAAAAUGUCACAUACAGGCCACAUUGCUAUGUCUGCUUCACUGACACGUCGUCUGUGCGGUUUACGUUCUCCUUGCGUCAACCCAAAUCAUCUCCUCCUUGCUCUCAGUGGAUGCUGCUGGAUAAUCUGAGGGCCAAAGUUGGCAACACGACAGACUUUGACCAAAGUUUAAUGCGCAACCUUACACUCUAUUCGGAUAAUCCAGAGGUGGCCUAUCCCAAUCAAGAUGUGGUUUGGAAGAGGUUUGAAGAAGCCUUCCUUGCAGUGUGGGGGUUGGUCACACACGCUCCUGUGUUCAAAGACUACUUUUAUGAGGGUCUGAAACAGUUCAAUGCUGAUAACGUCAUGUACUUGGAGCUGAGGGCACUGCUACCACCGACUUAUGAGCUGGAUGGAACCGUAAACAGUCGAUUCUGGACAAUGAAAGCUUAUCAGGACGAAUUAAAAGAUUUUCUAGGGAAACAUCAAGACUUUUUUGGAUGCCGGGUGAUUGUCACUGCACACAGAGGAAUAAAUGCAACAGAGUUGACAAACGCCCUAGAGGAUGCAAUUGAACUGCAGAAGGAUUUCCCAGAGUUGAUGGCUGGAUUUGACUUGGUGGGCCGAGAGGACAGUGGAAGGCCUCUGUGGUACUUCAGCAAAGCCCUUUCCCUGCCUGCUGAGCGGGGAGUGUCUAUGCCCUACUUCUUCCAUGCAGGAGAGACUGACUUCCAAGGCACAGAGGUGGAUCAGAACAUGCUGGAUGCUCUACUGUUGAACACGUCCCGAAUUGGGCACGGGUUUGCUCUCGUGCACCACCCAACUGCCAAGGCGCUCUCCAGACAGAUGGGGGUGGCGGUGGAGGUUUGCCCCAUAUCCAACCAGGUGCUGAAGUUGGUGUCCGACCUGCGUAACCAUCCGGCGGCGGUGCUGAUGUCGGAGGGACACCCUCUGGUGGUCAGCUCGGAUGACCCUGCCCUGUUCGGGGCCUGCGGCCUCUCCUAUGACUUCUACGAGGCCUUCGUGGGCAUCGCUGGACUCAAGGCGGACGUGGGCACGCUUAAAGAGUUUGCUAUUAAUUCUAUUAAGUACAGUUCCUUGUCUCCUGAGCAGAAGAACAAAGCUUUGGCAAUAUGGCAGAAGAAGUGGGAGAGAUUUGUGCUGGAGAAUUUACCACAGUAACACGGGGACCAGACCUACAGUGUCACACAGAACUGAGUUGACCCUACUGAGCCCAAUGGUCAGGUUUCUUGCAAGGUUAGGGUGGAAAGAUCGAGCACAACUGUGCACCCACUGUCAAGGUGCAAGACAUACUGAAUUAUUGUUGCAGUUGAUGGCUGCAUAGUUUAAAAAAAAAACAUUUUCUUGCAUGGGAUUCCAGGUCUGUGAUCUUCCAUCAAAUAGACCAUAAAAUAUUGUCUCCUUGUAUUAGCAACACUUGUGGAGCUUUAGAUAAAGCUCACAUCCACACAAUGUGAACUUAUGCUGCACCAGCAGCACAGCAGCUUUUGAUGUGUGAUAAUUGUGACAGUGUUUUUUUUA